AUGGACAGUGUGUAUGAACCCACGGAAAGGGUGCAGCUGUUAGAGAAGGACCUGGCAGGGAAGCUAAGCGAACUGAAGCACGAGCUGGAAGAACGGGAGGUCCUUCCGCCGGCAGCUAACUGGGCCUUCAGCUCCGUUCAAAUGCCAAAGGAUGUCGCUCACUUCAGACGCGAACGGGAAUUGGCUCUGAAGAGAACCCUCCAGGUGGCCGAGUGCAAGCCCCUUGUUAUUCAGGCAGAUGUCCUGCAGAGGGAGCUAGAGAGCUGUCUAAGGAGAGAGUACACGCCGGAAAACCUUCCUCUGCUUCUGCUGCAGUAUUACACAGAGAGAAUUACGCACCUGGCCCAGAGUAAAUAUUUGCACAUGCUGAGGUGGAAACGGCUCUGCCAGACCAGCGAGACCAUGGAGGAACUCCACCCUCUUUACAAGAAACAAGUUGGCUACAUCAUGCAGGAAUUCAAUGAUGCAGUUCAGAGGGCAGAAAGGCUGGCGGUUGCUAGGGAGAACUUCCUUAUGGGAAAAAGCAAUCCUCCCAAUCUCGUGACACCAGAAGACCUGGCGAUCUACACCAGGUGGCUAGUGUGCCACCUGCACUCGCUCAGGACCAUCCAUCACUACCUGCAGGCCCUCCAGUACUUGCCCAUCUCCAGAGGCCUGCAGAGUCUAGCUGGUACCCGAGUCUCUGAACCUAGUGAGGAAAAAGGAAAAGUCUGUGUCACCGACGUUGACUCUGCCAGCAUUUCAGGGACAACACGUGCUGCCUUCGUCCUGCCUCAGCACGUGACAGAGAAGGAAGAGCUGAAACCUCAGCUGAGGCAUCUGCUCUCGAAGUUCCACAUCCCCUAUGACCUACAGAAGCUGACUGACUCCGCCAAGGAGAUGGAACUCUUUUCUUUGGUUUCUCAGAGCUUCCAGAGCAUCUUCAUGGAGCAACAAAGGAUGCGAACAUUCCCAGACUACGAGACCGGAAGAGCUAAGGUGCAGAAUUUGUCAGGACCUGCUGCUACCCUGAAAAAGAGAGCCGCCUGGGUUCCCUUCGUGAAGGUCAAGCCAAAGUGUGAUCCUUGGCAGAAGAAGAUGUUUACCAGACUCAAAGAACGGAGAAGACCAGAUGAACUAAUGCAAGUCCAGUCAAAGCUUUUGAAGAUUUCUGACCCUGUGAAAGCCGCUCAGGUGUUGCAGGAUCACGCUGCAAGGACAGUGACUACGGCUCCAUGUCACUCAUCUUUCACGACUUCUCAGGCUUCGCAGCCGUGCAACUAUGAUGAAGUCUGGCAGAAUAUUUACAGCAACACCAAGCUCUACCAGAAUGAAAAUGUGAAGGACGAUGGUCUCUCAGUGGAACCAAGCGACGGGGACCUCGCAAAAAUACGCCUCAGCCAGAGUUCUGACGGGUCUGUCAAGCGGAGGACAGAGACGGGAUACAACUAUGCCGUGACCCUGCAACUGCUGGGCUUGAGUGAUGGGACUGAGCCCGACCAGAACCCUGUCCUGAUGAGAGGGGCCUACUUAUCCUUCUUGUGUCUACGCCACCUGCACAUCCGGGAGCUACAGCGCAUCUGUCUGGGAGUUCUUAACUACUUCAGAUCCGUUGAGCGAACUUUGACAAUUGACACUUCAGGCCUUACCUUGGUUUCAGGGAAACUGGUCCCCACCGUGGGAGAUAAUGCUUGGGUAAAUGUGGCAAAAGGCGGUCUGGGCACCUCGCAAGGCCUGGGGGCUCAUCACUAUGUCCACGGGACCCCUGCUGAGCAUAAGACCCACGGCAUGCAAUUCCUGGAGUUCUCGGAAGUUGACAACCAGGACGACUCCCACAGCACACAAGCUGGCUGUGUCCACACGCAGGACCAGCUUGGCCUGUAUGUCAUGUAUGACUGUGCCCUUCGGGAUCUGAGGGAGCUGGAGUCAGAGCUGCUGCUCAUUGCCAGUCACUACAUUGAGAAAGAAAAAAGCCACAGAGACAGCGGCAAGUCCAAGAGCAGUCAGCACUGGGCCUGGGCCCAUGCCAGUGUGGACAGAUUUGCUGUGCUGUGUGACCUGUGGACCUGGGAAGCCAAUCUGCUAGAAAGCAAACGCCAGCUUCUUGAUAGUUACCUUGAAGCCUACCAGCACACGUUGGACCCAGAGGAGCGGUUCGCUUUAGCACAAGCAAUGACUGACAUUAUUCACCGGCGCCCCAAAUUCGAUCUCAGCCACUCGUAUUUCACUAAAGCUUACCAAGAUGAGUGUACCUGCCUGAGGCUUCACGGGCAGCUCGUGAGGGGCGUCCUCAGCAGCCACCUGGAGCAGCAGCGGGAAUAUGUCCGGAGGCUCUGGCGAGGGGAUCAUCCCGAGGCUCACAAGACAUUUGGACUUCCCCUGAACAUAAUUUGCAAGCAGUUUGUUUCCAUUGACUGCAGCUGCCCAGCCUCAGAAAAUGUCCAUCUGUUGGAGUUCCACCCUUCCCUUGGCCUGGUUGGGCUCAUCCCCAAAGCUCUGGACCACCUGUUGCGUGAGGCUCGCCACGCCCACAAGCCUGUAACGCCUAGUGGGCUUGCCCAGCUGGAACAACGAGUCUUGCAGCUUGCCCUGGACCUGUGGCUCACCCCAGCCAAGCCUGAGACCUGGUAUAGCGCACAGCUCCAGAGAGAUCUCUUUUCAGACAAAGUGAUGGGAGAUCCCUUUCUCGUGGAGGAGGUGGGUCUGCUUGCACUCAGGUCCGCGGUGGACAAAGACCACAAGCAAGGCCAAAAUUUACACACGUUGCUCCUGGAGACGUUUUCCAAACUUCUGGAACUCCUGACCCUCCGUCACCGGCUGAUAGAAGUGAAUGUGGAGGGUGCACACUUGGCUCGGCUAUAUAAGGAGCUGGCACAGGAGAUGGGUUUUGAAGAAUUCCAUCUGUAUCUGAGGCCUGUUCCCUUUGAGUUUGCGUCACACAAGGACAAGGUGGACCGGCCCCCUCCUGUCUUCAUGACGUCUUUGCUGGAGGACAGCAGUCGAGUGGACAGGUACACCCCCAGUGCCCUCCCCUUGGCCAUCGAUGAGCUGGGUGAUAACCAAAUUGGCAAGUUCAGUUUUUAUACCAAAGACGCCGUCCUCAAGCUCGUGCUCCAUUCAGGAGUGGACAACAUGCAGGUGACCCUGGCAUGCCAAACGGCUCAGAGGAAUGCUUUGAUGGUGGCCAUUCAACAGGUGUCCUACGCCACCCCUGGAGUAGACAGUCCUGGCGUUGCCAAGGAAAGGGAUGCAGCUCUGAGGCAUCGUGGCAGAAUGAGUCCGACCAGAAGAGGCUCCAGAGCUGCGAGUGGCGUGGACUGUUUGCUCUCAGCCCCAACUCCAACAGCUCCGGACACCCUUACUCACUCUCCAGCACUUAAGACGACCAGAAGGGUUCCAGAAGCCUUCGUGUCUAUUCAACUAGAAAAGGUGGGUUUGCGGGACACGAUGCUGAACACCUUUCUGCACAGGAAACAGACGGAGAACCCUGAUGACGCUGAAAACGUCAAGAGGGAACUAAUAGUUGAAUAUUGCCAGAAGCUGAACUACCGCAUGUGUUGCUGUGCCCUUCGGGGUCAGAUCAUGGCAUACUGCAAUAGCCUGAGAGCUCUGCUAGACGAUUUUCCUACCGUCAGAGACACCUUCUUCAUGAUGGGACAACCAAAUGAAGAGAAGGACUUGAAGGACUCCAGUGGGGAGUUCAAGGCUGACCCCAGGAAUUUUCAGCCUCGACCUCAGAGUUUGCUGUCAGCUGAUGGAAGAGUCUUCCUCAACUUAUGGUUUAUUCCCCAUCCUUCCGAAGUGCUGUUCAUGUUCAAAACUCUUCCAGAAGAGGCAGCUUUCAGAGCCCUGAAACGGACUCUCCAGCUCGUAGCUCCUCUCCACGACAUCGUGGCCUACCUUUUCAGCUUUGCCAAGCUUGGCAAUUGCCCAGCAUGCUUCGACUCUCCUCUAAGUCCUGGCCCCUUGAGGAAUGACUGGGGAGGACCCGAGGGCAUUGGGUCUGAGCUUCGAGAACUGCAGAAACUGAUUGACGGUCUCCCGAGCCCCCAGGACCCGAGCCAGGUGGCCCAGGCCCUCCUCCUCCGAAGGGAGGUGACUUGGAUGCAGUUCGAUGCUGCCAUGAGAUGUCUCCUCCGGACAUUUUUGGCAGCAGGAAAUGCUCCUGCCCACCAGUCUGUCGCAGAAGGUGUGUGCCAUGGUUUGCCACCGCUGAGCAACUGUCUCAGGAGGAGCAUCUUUUCUUCACAGUUCAGCCUGCCCCAGCCGCUGGACCCAAGGAGCCUCCAGGCGUUUACAAUGUUCCCGUGGAGGGCGCUCCUGGAAGACGGGGGACCUUUUCCAGUUAUGAGCAGCAUCCCAAACACCUUAGAGUAUGAUAUGCAGAUGUGUCUUUGCGGGCUGAGUGACCGUGACCGCCAAGUGGCCCAUGGGGAGCUGGUGGGUGUGCAGGCACUAAUGGAGGACGUACUUCUGAGUGGCUGUCACGUGAUCUCGGAGGGUUCUCCUGAACAGCAAGCCACACAGGACAACACACAGCCAGGUUGGUCUGCACGUCUGGGACUCUGCCCAGGUCAGUUGGAAAGUCACCCAGAGGCCUCGCCGUUGGAGGGCCCUUGUGAGGUAGCAAUGCCCCUCGCUCUGCUGAAGUCCUUCCUCGUCCUGUGGAAGCAGCUGGAGGUGUUGAAGGAACACUGGGGCCGACUCAAGCUUCAAGGCCAGGAGAUCAAUUCUGCCCCCCUCCACAAACAGUUCUCAGAGCUCUAUGAAGCUGACAUUUUCUACCCCAGCAUGAAGGCGCUAGCCAGGCGGGUGGGCAAAGAAGAUGAAUUUGAAGGACUUAUCAUAAGAAGCCAAUGUAUUCUUCCUCCAAAGGGAGCCUCAGAAAUUGAAAUAAAAGCCCAGCAGCUCCAGAAACUUCUGGAAAGUUUAGAGAUUCAUAUGAUCCAAGAGGUGAUGAGGAAAGUUAGUAGAGAGAUGACCCUUCUUCUAUCAGAAAAAUCCAAGGAGGAGCCCACCCUCCCAACAGACCUUUGGAAACACCAAGUCAUGAAAGAAAACUUUUCAGUUGUGAGACCCCAGAUAGUUGAGAGAUUUGUGCAAAGACUCAUGGAGAGUUGCCAAGAGAACAGACCUGAGGUGACUUUCAGGAGGGACCACCUCGAAGCCUGCCUCCUCUCCCUGGGGUGCGACGUGAUGGCAAGAGAGCGCAGCAACUUUGAGACCUACUCCAUGUGUUACGAGCAUGUACUGCAACAUACCAGGGUGAAGCUCAGCCAGAGGGAGCAGGAAGUGGACUUGCUUCGAAGCAGUCAGGUUCCUCCUGAAGACUGUGCUGGUCAGGUUGCAGAGCUCAGUCAUGACAUGAUCAUGGAAAUCACCGCUCUGAGAGCCCAGCUCACAGAUCUGGAAGAGGAGAGUCUGACUCUGAAAAACCAGAUUGGAAAAGAAGUUCAGGAGGGAUACAGAUCAUUAGUGCAAGCUUUGUUCAUGACCUGCUUACGCAUAAAGGAGACGUUGGACGAGAAUCAGCUUAAUUUGAUCCAGAAAGUGUGUGAGCUCAUCGGUGAAGUGAGAGCCGAAGGGAUUGCCAACACGAAGCAGCUAAAGACAACCUGGGGCUCUGCCAGACCUGAGGAAGGAACAGAAGAGAACGCGGCCAAACCUUCCUGGCAGGACAGCGACAGCAGCAGCAGCAGCACCCAGGAUGCCCUAGUGUGCAAAAUGCGGAGCCUGGGCCGCUGGCGCCUGGCUGUGCAGCAGGCUCGCUUUAGAGGUCAGCUGAGCAGGGCAGAGAAGGAAUCUUUUCACAGCAAAAGAGAAUGCGUAAGAGUCAAGCUCAUGGCGGAGCAAGAAGUGAGUUUACUUCAUCAACAGCUACUGGCUGUGAGGCAGGCCCUGGCCAAAGCUCACACUGACAGCAGGAAGCUCAGGCAGCAGCAGGACACCCAGGCUCAGCUGCUGAAGGAGUUGGAACACAGAGCCACUCAAGAGUCUGUCACUCGGCAGCAGCUAGAGGUCAUAAAGAUGGCUGGCAUGGAGAAGCUCCUAGAAGACGCUGAGCAAAAGGAGCAACAACUGCGGCUGGUAACAGCAGAGGCCGAGCGGGCUUCAAGGCUGGGUGAGCUGCGGUGGAGGAGGAUGGACAGAGACCUGCAGCAGAUGAGAAGCCGGCUGGCUCAGGAGCGCAGUGUGAAGCUGGAUGCCUUCCACCGUGUACGGGAGCUGCAGAUUCAGCUUCAGGACGCAGAGCAGCCAUCUCUCCAGAUGGGCUCCCUGAGUGGGUUUAUAUCCCAGACCCACUGCCCCCUACACCCUGCUUCAGCAUUACCCAGAUGCUGUCACCAACGUUUCCCAAAGACCAGUCUUCCUGGCAAUCAAAUGACAAGGAGUCAAAGACCAAAGACUGUACCAUUUAAGCACAAAAAAAAGGUUGCUGAUGGUUUUCUACCCAAUGUGGCAGAAAACAUUCAACUUAGGACUUCCCAAGUCCAAACAGCGCCAUCCAGGGUUUCCCUCAGACCGCAUAGGUAA